GCUGGGGCCCCUCGACACUCCCAGUGGUCCCCGGGGUCCCUCCAAGUCAGUGAAUACCCACGCCCACCCAGCCUCUGCCUGGGACUGAGCUGUGGGCCCCUCAGUACAGGCAGUUCACCUUGGAGGGGGGUGUGUGAGCUGAGGAUGAGGCGGCUUCUGGGGCUGAGGAACGAUUUGGGCUCCUCCUGGAGACCUAGAGCCCCAGUGAUUGCCUGGGCCACUUAGUUACCACCCUGUCCCAUUGACAGAUAGGAAAACGGGCCAGGAGAAGGUAAGAGCUGGCUCCAGCUAAGUCAGCGUCACAUCUCAGCCCUAGCUCAGGUUCACCUCGUGGUCCGAGGUGGACCCCGGGUUGGCCUCUGCUACGCCUGAGAACUGAGUCUGGGUUGAGUUAGUUAGGAUUUCCUGAGGCGCCAUAGGAUCAGCUGGUCCUGCCCUGGCCUCGUUCCGUACGCCUAUGAGCAGCAGGCUCAACCCCAGAGUGAGUGCGGGCGCCACAGUGGUGUUCCAGUGUCCGGGGCGGGGGUGGGGGUGAGGGGUCGCGAAGCUCACGGACUCUGGUCUCCACCCGCACCGCGCUGCCGGGCGGAGGCGUUCUCGGUAGAGCGGGACCAGUUUCCUCGUAAGUGAUCAGAGCCGCUUUGCCAAGGAAGUUCUGCCCCAGUAUUUCAAGCACAGCAACAUGGCGAGCUUCGUGCGCCAACUCAACAUGUAUGGUUUUCGGAAGGUGGUGAGCAUCGAGCAGGGUGGCCUACUUAGGCCAGAGCGCGACCUUGUGGAGUUCCAGCACCCAAGCUUCGUAUGCGGCCGAGAGCAGCUUCUGGAGCGAGUGCGGCGCAAGGUGCCCGUGCUGCGCUCCGAUGACGGUCGCUGGCGGCCUGAAGACCUGGGGCGGCUGCUGGGCGAGGUGCAGGCUUUGCGGGGAGUGCAAGAGAGCACAGAGGCGCGGCUGCGGGAGCUCAGGCAGCAGAAUGAGAUAUUAUGGAGGGAGUUGGUGUCACUGAGGCAGAGCCAUGGUCAGCAGCACCAGAUCAUCGGCAAGCUGAUCCAGUGCCUCUUUGGGCCCCUGCAGGCAGGGCCCAGCACGGCAGGAAUGAAAAGAAAGCAGUCCCUGAUGUUGGAUGAAGGGAGCUUAUGCCCAGCACCUGCCAAAUUUAGCAUCUGCCCCCUUCCUGGUGCCCUUCUACAGGACCCCUACUUUAUCCAGUCGCCCCUCCCUGGGACUACCUUGGGCCUUAGCCCUCACAGGACCAGAGGGCCCAUCAUCUCUGACAUCCCAGAAGACUCUCCAUGCCCUGAAGGGCCCAGGCCUUCUCCUGGUGGUAGCAGGAGGGAGAAGAGCCUGGCACUGCUCAAAGAAGAGCCAGCCAGUCCAGGGGGGGAUGGAGAGGCUGGGCUGGCCCUGUCCCCAAAUGAGUGUGACUUCUGCGUGACAGCUCCACCACCACUGCCUGUGGCUGUGGUACAGGCCAUCCUGGAAGGGAAAGGGAGCUUCAGCCCCGAGGGCCCCAGGAGUGCCCAACAGCCUGAACCAAGGGGCCCCAGGGAGGUACCUGACAGGUACAGGGGGCCUCUGGACCUGGAGCAAGGGAACCGGAGCCCAGAAAGUCAACUGCCUCCAGUGCUGCUUCGGCCUCCACCUGAGGCGGUAGAGCCUGGAGGGCCCAUGGAUGUGCUGGGCUCUAGCCUCCAAGGGCGAGAAUGGUCCCUCUUGGACUUGGACAUGGCGUUGUCUUUGGUGCAGCCCUUGGUUCCAGAGAGGGGUGAGGCUGAACAGGCAGUCAAAAGGCUGAAUUCUCCAGGUCCAGUCCAGACAAUGGGCAAUGUGCAAGAGCGGCCAUCGGAGACUAUCGACCGCGAGCGGAAACGCCUAGUAGAGAUGCUGCAGGCGGACUCUGGGCUAUUACUGGACGCACUGGUGGCACGGGGAGUGCUCAACGGGCCAGAGUAUGAGGCGUUGGAUGCACUGCCUGACGCGGAACGCAGGGUGCGCCGCCUGCUGUUGCUGGUGCAAAGCAAGGGCGAGGCCGCCUGCCAGGAGCUGCUGCGCUGUGCCCAGCAAACCAUGCACGCGCCAGACCCUGCCUGGGACUGGCAGCACGUGGGUCCAGGCUACCGGGACCGCAGCUAUGAUCGUCUUUGCCCAGGCCACUGGUCGCCAGAGGUACCCAGUUCCGAGACUGCAUAUCCCGGGUUGCCCAGAGCUUCAGAGGAUCAGGAGGAAACCAGGAGUCCAGAACCAGAGACUCCAGAGGAGCCAGAUCUAGCAGCUGAGGCCUCUGAAGGAGCUGAGCCAGAACAGGAAGAUGAGAUGGAUCCUGAACCACAGCAGGAGCCAGAGCCAGAGCCAGAGCCUGAACUGGACCCGGAACCGGAACUGGAGCCGGAACCGGAGCCAGACUUCCAAGCAGAGGAUGAAUUUGAAGAUAGCUGAAGGCCUGAGUGCUGACCUGCUAUUGCCAUCUCAAGCCCGAGCCAGACAGGACCUGGGAACCUGCUGGAGCUGCAUUUGAUGCCGUCAAGGCUCCAUCUGGCCUGCUGGAAGUGAAUAAACUCCCGAGGGUUGGACUGGACCUGAUCUCUCUUCACGAUUCUGGCUGUUUGCCCAGGAACUGAGGAUGGGUGCAUGUCUCUGAGUUCCUGUGACCCGAGCAGCCCUGUGCCCCAGCAAAAUGUACUGCCCAGUUCACAGGUCCUUCCUGUACUCAGUAGUCCAAAUUGCACCCCAGGGAUCCAGACCCAUACCCCUAGAGGAACAAGGACCUAACUCCUCGGUCUUGCUUAACCACUCUUUUUCUCUCAUGAGCCAUUUGCGGGGCCUGUAUAGGCACUGGCCCCAAGCUGUGGGCUUGAGGUAGUGAGGAAAGAGGGACUUCUGUCACUUAAAGAAGGCUUAGCACUUAUAGCCUUGGGAAGUUAGAUAAAAAGAAGGAAACUGAGACCUUGAGUAGAUGGAGGCUACACACAUCAUUGUG